UCCGGACUGGAAUUGGGGUGAAAGUGUCCGGACUGGAAGGGGGGGAAAGUGUCUGGACUGGAAGGGGGAAAGUGAUGAAAGUGUCCGGACUGGAAGGGGGGGAAAGUGUCCGGACUGGAAGGGGGGAAAAGUGUCCGGACUGGAAGGGGGGAAAGUGUCCGGACUGGAAGGGGGGAAAAUGUCUGGACUGGAAGGGGGGGAAAGUGUCCGGACUGGAAGGGGGUGAAAGUGUCCGGACUGGAAGGGGGUGAAAGUGUCCGGACUGGAAGGGGGGAAAGUGUCUGGACUGGAAGGGGGUGAAAGUGUCCGGACUGGAAGGGGGUGAAAGUGUCCGGACUGAAAGUGGGGGAAAGUGUCCGGACUGGAAGGGGGGGG